GGCCCCAACCCUGAGUCCGCUCCUCCACUCCAGACCCCCAAGGCGCCAUAAAAUCUACCAGCCCUGGGCCCACAGGAGAGUUAAUCCGGCCCCAGUAUCAUGAGGGGACUUUCCAGUGCAGUGCACCUGUUCCCCGGGGCCUGCAUGCCGCCACCACCCGGCAGCAGCGGGCUUUGCCUACUUAGUGAUUUGCUGCCGGACUGGACCCCAUUCCGGGCCCAGCGCUGGAGCCCAGGCAGGCUGCUUUCCUCCUCACCAAGGGCACUUCCUAGGGACCGCAUUGGGCCAGACUGCGCCUCCCCCACUCCGAUUCCCAAGGGCCCCCCGAUGGAAACUGGCAUUGUCCCAGGGCCUGCCCAAGGGCUCCUGGUUCCGAGUUCCCGGGGCAGGCGGUGGGUGCCCCGGGCGAUGUCAGAGCGGCCCUGACACAUCGCACAGCCUCCCCCCAUCUCACUGACCGCUGGUCCAGCGGCCUUUACCAAGAUGGCCGCGGCGCCCACUACCCUCUGGGGAGCCGUCCUGGUCAAGGCAAGUGGUAGCGGAAGCAAAGCUCCUCCAUAUUCCCUGUGGCGCAGGGAGGCGGCGGUAGCGAGUCCUGCGAGCUCCCUGAGCUUGGCGGGGGGCGGGUCGGGAGGGUGAUGGGUCCCGGGAGGGGGAGCCAGGUUGCCGGCUCUGCGCAGGCGCCACCAUGGUGAGGAGCAGGGCGCUGUGGAGCUGCUGCUUGGAGCUCCUGGCGCUGCCUUCAGCGGCUGGCGGUUUGUCAGGUAGGAGGCAGCAGCCGCGUUACGGCUCCUGCUGGGGAGUCGCGGCGCAGCCUGGGGAGAGGAGCCGCCGCCACGCCAUGGAGGAGGAGGAGGACGACGAGAGCGCCCAGCCGCAGCCCGAGCGCUCUUCAUCAAAAGACAUGGAUGAGAAGGCAGAUGAAGAGCAACCUUCAACUGCAUGUAACCAGUACCCUAAGGAGGCAGUAAGGAAACGACAAAAUUCAAUUCGAGGUUCCAGAGGCAGUGACUCGUCCAGGACGUCCAGAAAAAGCUUCAGAUUGGAUUACCGUUUAGAGGAAGAUGUAACUAAAUCAAAGAGAGAUAAAGAUGGAAAGUUUGUCAACCCUUGGCCAACAUGGAAAUCUCCAUCCUUGCCAAAUAUUUUGAAAUGGGCCCUUGUCGAAAAAAAUAACAGCAACAUCCCAUCUUCAAAACAGGACCUUGAUAAAGAGCUUCCUGUGUUAAACCCUUACUUCAUUCCAAACCCCGAACUAGUUGGUAAGACUGGAACUGGCAUGCGAGUCACAUGGUUAGGACAUGCCUCGGUUAUGGUGGAAAUGGAUGGACUUGUAAUUCUUACUGACCCCAUCUUCAGCCAGCGGGCUUCCCCAGCACAGUUCGUGGGUCCAAAACGUUUCCGAGGACCUCCAUGCACAGUAGAUCAGCUCCCAAAAAUAGAUGCAGUAAUGAUCAGCCACACCCACUAUGACCAUUUGGAUUAUAAUACUGUAGAGAGUUUAAACAAGCGUUUUGGCACUGAGUUGAGAUGGUUUGUGCCUCUGGGUCUUUUAGAAUGGAUGCAGAAAUGUGGCUGUGAAAAUGUGAUUGAACUGGACUGGUGGGAAGAGAAUUGUGUCCCCGGUCAUGAUGCAGUUACUUUUGUCUUUACCCCAUCUCAACACUGGUGCAAGAGGACUGCAACAGAUGACAACAAGACUCUUUGGGGCAGCUGGUCUGUCUUGGGACCCUGGAAUAGGUUUUUCUUUGCAGGAGAUACUGGUUACUGUGUUGCUUUUAAAGAGAUAGGCAAAAGAUUUGGACCUUUUGAUCUUGCAGCUAUUCCCAUUGGAGCUUAUGAACCAAGGUGGUUUAUGAAAUACCAGCAUGUGAAUCCUGAAGAAGCUGUAAGAAUUCAUAUUGAUGUUCAGUCAAAGAAGUCUGUAGCGAUUCAUUGGGGAACCUUUGCUUUAGCAAAUGAGUAUUACUUGGAUCCUCCAGUUAAAUUGAAUGAAGCCCUUGAAAGAUAUGGCUUGAAGCCUGAGGAUUUCUUUGUCUUGCACCAUGGAGAAUCACGAGACUUGAAUAUAAAUGACGAUGGAUUUGAAUAAUUUUAAAAAAUCUGAAAAUUCUUUGAGCCUUGUUUUGAUUUAUACUAGGAAAUAAUGAAAAGAUUGAUAGCUUCAUAACCCUCUAAUAAAAUUUUCUAAAAAUUAGUACUAGAUUUUUAGACUCCAGGUUUGUUAAUUUCAGAGGUAAAAAUUGUAUACCUGCUUGAUCACACAAUUGCUUAUAAACUGAAUGGCAUAUUGAGAGAUGAUUUAAACACUCAAUGUACAAAGCAUUCAUUGUCUAGAAAUGCCUUGUAAUUUCAACUAUGUACAUCCACCCCAAAAAAUGCUUUAAUUUUUUCAUAUAUGGUUUUAUGGGAUGGAGUCUUCCGCCUGUUGUGAAAGCAUGUUUAAAGUAAAAUACUGAUUUUACUGAAUGCCUGAUGUUUGCAUUUCAUGAGAAACUAAAAAUGAUCUAAAGAAAUGUGCCUUUUUAAAGAGAGAUUGCUUAAGAUUUGCAUCAUUAAUGCAUAAUUACUGCUGGCCAGAAUAUCUGUAUUCUUUGUUUUAAAAUUACUCUAUCAUAGAUCUAAAUAUUUCUAUUGUUUUGAGAUUGGUUUUCCUUGUCAAAUACAGAACAUAAACUCAUUUUGCUCCUAUC